AUGACAGAUAAUUUGACCACAACUCAUGGUGGUAGUACCACCCUUGAAUUGUUGGCGCAGUACAAUGAUCAUAGAUCCAAAAAGGACAAAUCUAUAGAACAUAUAGAAAAAGGAACAUGUUCAGGAAAAGAAAGAAAUCCGUCCUAUGAUGAAAUUUUUACGGAAAACAUUAAGCUAAAGCUACAAGUCCAAGAAUAUGAAACUGAAAUUGAGAGUUUGGAAAAGGUUAUUGAUAUGUUACAAAAAAACAGAGAAGCUUCCUUAGAAGUUGUGCUUGAGCAAGUUCAAAAUGACUCAAGAGAUUCAUACGUUAACGAUCAAUCAUUUGUGUUACCCCCAAGAUCUGCUGAAAGGAAAGCGCAUAUCAAGAGUCUUAAUUUGCCAAUACCGACAUUGUCCCCUCCAUUGCAACAAGGUUCAGACGUUGCACUUGAAACAAGUGUAACGCCUACAGUACCUCAAAUAGGUGUUACAUCAAAUACUUCAAUAAGUAGGAAGCAUUUACAGAACAUGAUACUAAACGAUGAAAUAGAAGCAAAUAGUAGCUUCUCAUCUCCCAAAAUUAUCAAUAGAUCUGUCUCAAGCCCUACAAAAAUACAUUCAGAACAGUUGGCUAGCCCAGCUGCCUCUGUUACCUAUACGACGUCUAGGAUAACCAUAAAAUCACCUAAUAAAGGUUCGAAAUCUCCAUUGCAAGAACGUUUGCGUUCCCCUCAAAAUCCUAACAGAAUGACGGCUGUUAUCAACAACCAUUUGCAUUCUCCAUUAAAGGCCAGUACCUCUAAUAAUUUAGAUGAGCUGACUGAAAGUAAAAGUCAACAACUAACUAAUGACGCGAUACAAAAAAAUGACCGCGUUUAUUCUUCUAUAACAUCCUCUGCAUACACUACUGGAACUCCUACUUCAGCAGCCAAAAGUCCAUCAUCCCUUUUGGAAGUCAAGGAGGGUGAAAACAAGGCUUUGGGUUUCUCUCCAGCAUCUAAAGAAAAACUUGACGACUUCACCCAAUUACUUGACUCCUCAUUUGGCGAAGAGGAUCUAGUCAAUACGGACAGUAAAGAUCCUCUGUCCAUAAAAUCCACGAUUAACGAAUCUUUACCCCCACCUCCAGCGCCUCCAACUUUUUUCUCACCUACUUCUAGUGGAAAUAUAAAAAACUCUACUCCUUUAUCAAGCCAUUUGGCUUCUCCGGUUAUCUUGAAUAAAAAGGAUGAUAAUUUUGGUGCUCAAAGUGCAAAAAAUUUAAAGAAACCUGUGUUAACUUCAUCACUCCCCAAUCUUUCUACAAAAUUGUCAACAACAAGUCAAAAUGCUUCUCUUCCUCCAAAUCCUCCCGUGGAAAGUUCAUCAAAACAAAAACAACUUGGAGAAACGGCAUCCAUCCAUUCAACCAAUACCUUGAAUACAUUUAGCUCAACACCCCAAGGUUCGUUGAAGACACUUAGAAGACCUCAUGCAAGUAGCGUGAGCACCGUGAAGUCUGUGGCCCAAAGUCUUAAGUCGGAUAUUCCAUUAUUCGUUCAACCGGAGGAUUUUGGCACUAUCCAGAUUGAAGUACUGAGCACAUUGUACAGGGAUAAUGAAGAUGAUUUAUCCAUUUUAAUUGCAAUCAUAGACAGGAAAUCCGGUAAGGAGAUGUUUAAAUUUUCAAAAUCUAUUCAUAAAGUUCGCGAAUUAGAUGUAUAUAUGAAAUCACAUGUUCCCGAUUUACCAUUGCCCACGUUACCUGAUAGACAAUUAUUUCAGACUUUAUCACCUACAAAAGUGGAUACGCGAAAGAACAUAUUGAAUCAGUAUUAUACAAGCAUAUUCAGUGUCCCUGAAUUUCCCAAAAAUGUUGGUUUAAAAAUCGCCCAAUUUAUUAGUACAGAUACAGUAAUGACACCUCCAAUGAUGGAUGAUAAUGUGAAAGACGGAUCACUUUUGCUGAGAAGACCAAAGACUCUAACAGGUAAUAGUACAUGGAGAGUUCGGUACGGUAUUUUGCGCGAUGAUGUUUUACAAUUGUUUGACAAAAAUCAGUUGACUGAAACUAUUAAAUUGAGACAAUCUUCUAUAGAACUUAUACCCAAUCUCCCUGAAGAUAGAUUUGGAACGAGAAAUGGGUUUUUGAUCACUGAGCAUAAGAAAAGCGGACUGUCAACCUCAACAAAGUAUUAUAUUUGUACUGAAACGUCGAAGGAACGUGAAUUAUGGCUUUCUGCGUUUAGUGAUUACAUUGAUCCUUCACAAAGUUUAUCGUUAUCUAGCUCGAGGAAUGCAAACGAUACUGAUUCUGCAUCUCACUUGAGCGCAGGAACACACCAUUCUAAAUUUGGAAACGCAACUAUCUCAGCAACCGAUACUCCAUCAUAUGUCACUGAUUUGACCCAAGAAUAUAAUAAUAAUAACAAUAUUAGUAAUAGUAGCAAUAACAUUGCUAAUAGCGAUGGUAUUGACUCAAACCCAUCUUCUCACUCUAACUUCCUAGCAAGUUCAAGCGGGAAUGCAGAGGAGGAGAAGGAUAGUAGGAGAGCCAAAAUGAGAAGUUUAUUCCCUUUUAAAAAAUUAACCGGCCCGGCGAGUGCAAUGAACCAUAUAGGUAUUACAAUUUCAAAUGAUUCGGAUUCUCCAACAUCUCCUGACUCUAUCAUUAAGUCACCAAGCAAAAAAUUAAUGGAAGUAUCCUCUUCGUCAAAUUCUUCUACGGGUCCACAUGUGUCCACUGCAAUAUUUGGCUCGUCACUAGAAACGUGUUUAAGAUUGAGUUCGCAUAAGUACCAAAACGUUUACGAUUUACCGAGUGUAGUUUAUCGUUGCUUAGAGUAUCUUUACAAAAACCGUGGUAUCCAGGAAGAAGGCAUAUUUAGACUAAGCGGGUCCAGUACAGUUAUCAAAACUUUACAAGAAAGGUUUGAUAAAGAGUACGAUGUAGAUUUAUGUCGGUACAAUGAAAGUAUUGAAGCUAAAGAUGAUGAGGCAUCUCCAAGUCUUUACAUUGGUGUGAAUACUGUAAGUGGGUUACUAAAGUUGUACUUGAGAAAGUUGCCCCAUUUAUUAUUUGGUGACGAACAAUUUUUGUCGUUUAAAAGAGUAGUUGAUGAAAAUCAUAAUAAUCCUGUUCAAAUAUCAUUGGGGUUUAAGGAACUUAUUGAAUCUGGCCUAGUUCCUCACGCUAACCUAUCGUUGAUGUAUGCUCUUUUUGAACUGCUGGUAAGGAUCAAUGAGAAUAGUAAGUUUAAUAAGAUGAAUCUAAGAAAUUUAUGCAUCGUGUUUUCCCCAACUCUAAAUAUUCCAAUUAGUAUGCUUCAACCAUUCAUCACUGACUUUGCGUGUAUAUUUCAGGGUGGUGAACCAGUUAAAGAAGAGGAAAGGGAGAAAGUAGAUAUACAUAUUCCUCAGGUUUGA